GUGGGCUAGGGCCCAGGCUGACUGCAGGAGGGGCUGGGCAGAGCCUCCCUCACUGUGUCUCCUUCCCACUCCCAGAGCUCCUGGGCUCCACCAAGAAGAUCAAUGUCAACUUUCAGGACCCGGAUGGCUUCUCUGCCCUGCACCACGCGGCCCUGAAUGGCAACACGGAAUUGAUCACCCUGCUGCUGGAGGCCCAAGCUGCCGUAGACAUCAAGGACAACAAAGGCAUGCGGCCACUGCACUAUGCGGCCUGGCAGGGCCGGAAGGAGCCCAUGAAGCUGGUGCUAAAGGCAGGCUCAGCGGUGAACAUCCCAUCAGAUGAGGGCCACAUCCCCCUCCACCUAGCGGCCCAGCACGGUCACUAUGAUGUGUCCGAGAUGCUGCUGCAGCACCAGUCGAACCCGUGCAUGGUGGACAGCGCCGGGAAGACGCCUCUGGACCUGGCCUGCGAGUUCGGCCGUGUUGGGGUGGUCCAGCUGCUCCUGAGCAGCAACAUGUGCACAGCCUUGCUGGAGCCCCGGCCGGGGGACACCACCGACCCCAAUGGAACCAGCCCCUUGCACCUGGCAGCCAAGAACGGCCACAUUGACAUCAUCAGACUCCUGCUCCAAGCUGGCAUUGACAUUAACCGCCAGACCAAGUCGGGCACAGCCCUGCACGAGGCUGCGCUCUGUGGGAAGACAGAAGUGGUUCGGCUGCUGCUGGACAAUGGGAUCAAUGCCCACGUGAGGAACACAUACAGCCAGACGGCCCUGGACAUCGUGCACCAGUUCACCACGUCGCAGGCCAGCAAGGAGAUCAAGCAGCUGCUGCGAGAGGCCUCGGCGGCUCUGCAGGUCCGGGCGACCCAAGAUUAUUGCAACAACUAUGACCUGACCAGCCUCAACGUGAAAGCCGGGGAUAUCAUCACAGUCCUUGAGCAGCAUCCAGAUGGCCGAUGGAAGGGCUGUAUCCAUGACAACCGGACAGGCAAUGACCGGGUGGGCUACUUCCCAUCCUCCCUGGGCGAGGCCAUCGUCAAGCGAGCAGGUUCCCGAGCAGGUGCUGAGCAAAGCUCACCUCAGGGAGGCAGCUUGCCGGGACCCUCUGCACCCCCUGAGGAGAUCUGGGUGCUGAGGAAGCCUUUUGCAGGUGGAGACCGCAGUGGCAGCUUGAGCAGUGUGGCUGUUGGCCGGAGCAGCGGGGCCCACACCCUGCACGCAGGCUCUGAAGGGGUCAAGCUCCUGGCAACAGUGCUCUCCCAGAAGUCCAUCUCCGAGUCUAGCCCCGGGGACAGCCCCGUCAAGCCUCUGGAGGGCUCAGCAGGGGCGGCCAGGUCCCAGCCUCCAGUGGCCCAUGCUGGGCAGGUCUAUGCGGAACUGCCGUCCAAGAAGCUGGAGCCGGCAUCGGAGGGCAAGAGCGCUGAGGCUGUGAGCCAGUGGCUCGCCACGUUCCAGCUGCAGCUGUACGCCCCCAACUUCCUCAGCGCUGGCUACGACCUGCCCACCAUCAGCCGCAUGACCCCUGAGGGCCUCACGGCCAUUGGGGUCACCAAACCAGGCCAUCGGAAGAAGAUCACGGCAGAGAUCAGCAGCCUCAGCAUCCCCGACUGGCUGCCUGAGCACAAACCCGCUAACCUGGCUGUGUGGCUGUCCAUGAUCGGCCUGGCCCAGUACUACAAGGUGCUGGUGGACAAUGGCUAUGAGAACAUCGACUUUAUCACCGACAUCACCUGGGAGGACCUGCAGGAGAUCGGGAUCACCAAGCUGGGACACCAGAAGAAGCUGAUGCUGGCAGUGAGGAAACUGGCAGAGCUGCAGAAGGCCGAGUACGCUAAGUAUGAAGGGGGACCUCUGCGCCAGAAGGCGCCGCAGUCUCUGGAAGUGAUGGCCAUUGAGUCGCCGCCCCCUCCUGAGCCUGCCCCAGCUGAGUGCCAGUCUCCAAAGAUGACCACCUUCCAGGACAGCGAGCUCAGUGGUGAGCUGCAGGCUGCCAUGACUGGCCCGGCAGAGGGGGCUGCCACCCCUGCCGCUGCCGAGAAGCCCUCCAAUCACCUGCCACCCACCUCCAGGGCCCCUGUGCGUCAGGAGCCCAGUCUGGGUGGGCGGGCACGGCAUAUGAGCAGCUCUCAGGAGCUGCUGGGUGAUGGGUUCCCGGGGCCUGGCAGCCCUAUGUCACGAAGCCAGGAGUACCUCCUGGAUGAGGGACCAGCCCCUGGUACUCUGCCCAAGGAGGCGCGGCCCGGCCGCCACGGCCACAGCAUCAAGCGGGCCAGUGUGCCUCCGGUGCCCGGCAAGCCACGGCAGGUCCUCCCACCAGGUGCCAGCCCCUUCACGCCCCCCCAGACUCCCACGAAAGCUCGGCCAGGUUCCCCCCAGGCCCUGGGGGUGCCUCAUGGUCCAGCCCCAGCCACAGCCAAGGUGAAGCCCACCCCACAGCUGCUGCCACCUAUGGAGCGACCCAUGUCGCCCCGCUCACUGCCUCAGUCACCCACACACCGGGGCUUUGCCUAUGUGCUGCCCCAGCCCGUGGAGGGCGAGGCAGGGCCAGCUGCUCCUGGGCCUGCCCCCGCCUCCACCGCCCGGCCCUGCCCCUGUGCCAAUGCUGUGGUCUGCCCCCACUAGGCCGAUGUGGAGCCAGAACGGCCUACCAAGCGCGCCCACAGCCUGAAUCGCUAUACAGCGUCUGACAGCGAGCAAGAGCGGGAUGAGCUGCUGGUGCCAGCUGCUGCCGGGCCCUAUGCCACAGUCCAGCGGCGUGUAGGCCGCAGCCACUCAGUGCGGGCACCUGCUGGUGCUGACAAGAAUGUCAAUCGCAGCCAGUCCUUCGCUGUGCGGCCCCGGAAAAAGGGGCCCCCACCACCUCCGCCUAAGCGCUCCAGCUCAGCCAUGGUCAGCGCCAACCUGGCUGAUGAGUCAGCACCUGAUGCUGAGACCAAAGGAGCUGGGACUGAGGAUGGCCAGCUGGGGGUCCGGGCACAACGCCGGCGGGCCAGUGACCUGGCUGGCAGCGUGGACACGGGCAGUGCUGGCAGUGUGAAGAGCAUUGCAGCCAUGCUCGAGCUGUCAUCCAUUGGGGGUGGGGGCCGGGCAGCCCGUAGGCCCCCCGAGGGCCACCCCACGCCUCGCCCUGACAGCCCGGAGCCAGGCAGGGUGGCAACAGUGCUGGCCUCCGUGAAGCACAAGGAGGCCAUUGGGCCUGACGGAGAGGUGGUGAACCGGCGCCGCACGCUCAGCGGGCCUGUCACAGGACUUCUGGCCGCUGCCCGCCGAGGGCCUGGGGAACCGGCAGGGCCUGCAGAUCAUGGCCACUUUGCAGAGGAUGGCACUGCCCGGCAGAGGCCUCGAGGUCCGGCCAAGGGAGAGGCAGGUGGGGAGGGUCCUCCCUUGGCCCGGGUGGAGGCCAGUGCCACGCUGAAGAGGCGCAUCCGAGCCAAGCAGAGCCAGCAGGAGAAUGUCAAGUUCAUCUUGACUGAGUCCGACACGGUCAAGCGCCGGCCCAAGGCCAAGGAACGGGAGGCGGGUCCAGAGCCACCGCCCUCACUGUCCGUGUACCAGAAUGGCACCGGCACUGUGCGCCGCAGACGGGGCUCCGAGCACGCUGGACCCCUGGAGCUGCCCCCGCCACCCGCGCCCACCGAGCCCCUGCCCUCCGACCUGAUGCACUUGCCCCCGCUGCCCCCACCGGACAGUGAUGCCCGGAAGCCAGCCAAGCCGCCUGUCUCUCCCAAGCCUGUCCUGGCUCAGCCGGUACCCAAGAUCCAGGGGUCACCCACACCCGCCUCCAAGAAGGUGCCGCUGCCAGGUCCCAGCAGCCCAGCAGCCAACACGCCCCUUCCUGGGCGGCAGCCCCCCAAGUCUCCGAGCGCGCCCGCGCUGCACGUGCCCGCCAAGCCGCCGCGCGCCGCUGCGGUCGCGGCCGCUGCAGCCGCGGCCUCCGGGCCCCCUGCGGCACCCGAGGGCACCUCGCUGGGGGACAGCGCCCAGCAGAAGCUGGAGGAGACGAGCGCGUGCUUGGCGGCGGCGCUGCAGGCAGUAGAAGAAAAGAUCCGGCAGGAGGACGCUCAGGGCCAGCGCCCCUCUGCCUCGGAGAAGAGCACGGGCAGCAUCCUGGACGACAUCGGCAGCAUGUUUGAUGACCUGGCGGACCAGCUGGACGCCAUGCUGGAAUGAUGUGGCACACGUUGGGCCCACCAGCUGCCUGGGCUCUAGCUGCACACUGACCUUUACCUCAGGAUGGGCACUUCUGGGCGCAGCGCACGUGGGCAUGGUGGGCGGCCGAGGGGGACGGGGUGCAGGGGACAGCCUGCCAGGGCCGUGAGGCGGGGGCGGGUCGUGCUGCCCUGUCCCUGCACAAGCACAACUCCUGCCCCCUGGGCCCAGGCAAGAUGCCGAGCGUGGAAGACUGCCUGGCCUAGGGACCCAAGGGCUCUGGACAGAUGCUGCUGCUCUGUGGGUGCCUGUCCCUGUCUGCUGCUCCCUGUGCAAUAACUGCUGGGCUACCUGCCCACCCACCACCGGGCUCUGCCCAGUGUGUAGAGAAGGGGCAGCCCCUGGCACCCCUGCCCUGAAUCCACGUUGGGCCCACCUUGGGAGGUAGUGGGAGGGGGGGCAGCCACUGUAGCCCCCUCCCCAAUCAGUGGCAGAGCACAGGCCUAUGCCCAGCACAGAACUGCCCACUGGGGACCUCUGCCAGCUGCUCUGGCACAGCACAAGGGGCUGGGGUCAGGACCCCUGCCCUACUCUACCCCACAGAAUAUAAGCUAUUGAGAGUAUUAAUUUAUUGGGAAUAAGCUGAGGCAGAUUUCCCUAGAGAAACAAAAAGGUAUAACUUUAACGAAUAUAUAUUUAAAGAAAGAAAAAAUAUUAUUGAUUCUAUAGAAAACCAUUUACCAACUGCAAGGACACUGGAGUCUCGCUCGAGACAAAAGCUGCUCCGGGCCCUGGCCACUGUCUGUCCUUUCCCUCUACCCAGGAGUGGCCAGACCCCUGGGCCAGUAGCGCACACAGUA